UAGAAGGUACCCAUCAACACACCUCAUGCAUCCCUCUCCAUGACAAAAGCUUGCUUACUCAGCUUCUUUGCAGCAAGCAAGUCUUCCUCCUCCUCCUCUUCAUCUACCCUCUAUCUAUCUAGCUUUCUGGAUCCCCCCAUAUAUAUAUAACACACACCAGCUGAGGCCUCAGCUAGUGCACACCAAGAAAAAGAAGUGGAAACCAAGAUCAUAUAUACUAGAUCGAUUGAUGGGAGCUGCUAGCUAGCUAAUUCUCGAAUAGUUAAUUAAGAUCGAGAAAGCUAGCAGGGCAUGAUGGUGAAGCUAGCUGGGCAACAAGACAAGUAAUUAGUCAAGAAAGCUUGCUACCAAGAAGAAGAAGAAGAAGAAGAAGAAGAAGAAGAAGACCAGAUCGAGAAAGGAAGCAAGCACACAGAUCAUAACUUAGAGAGAGUUAGGUUAGGUCCAUCGAUCGAUCAGAUGGCCAACAGGUGGUGGGACGAAGGCCGGCUGGCGGAGGCGCCGUCUGCAUCAGGCCUCGCCAGCAACAGCAACCAGAACCAGCAGCAGCUGGAGGACGCCAUGGCCAUGGCGGCACCCAAGCUGGACGGGGAGAGCAGCCACAGCGGCGGAGGGAGCGGGCAGGAGCAGGACGACGAGCCCAAGGAGGGCGCCGUGGUGGUGCCGCCGAACCGGCGCCCGCGCGGCCGGCCCCCGGGCUCCAAGAACAAGCCCAAGCCGCCCAUCUUCGUCACGCGCGACAGCCCCAACGCGCUGCGCAGCCACGUCAUGGAGGUGGCCGGCGGCGCCGACGUCGCCGAGUCCAUCGCUCACUUCUCCCGCCGCAGGCAGCGCGGCGUCUGCGUGCUCAGCGGCGCCGGUACCGUCGCCGACGUCGCCCUGCGCCAGCCCGCCGCGCCCGGCGCCGUCGUCGCGCUCCGCGGCCGCUUCGAGAUCCUCUCCCUCACCGGCACCUUCCUCCCCGGGCCCUCGCCGCCGGGUUCCACCGGCCUCACCGUAUACCUCGCUGGAGGCCAGGGCCAGGUGGUCGGGGGAAGCGUCGUGGGCGCGCUCACCGCGGCAGGGCCAGUCAUGGUGAUCGCGUCCACCUUCGCCAACGCUACCUACGAGCGGCUGCCGCUGGACGACGCCGAGGAGGAUCACCAGCUGGAGGCCGCCCGCAGGCACGGCGCCCCGGGCUCCGGUGUUGCUCUUCCUCCGAUGAUGGCCGGCGACCCCUCCGCGCCGGGGAUGCCGAUGUACGGCGUGCCGCCCAACCUGAUGCCGGGAGGUGGCGGGCACGCGGCGCCGGAAUGGGCGGCGCAUGCACGGCCGCCCUACUAACAUCAAUCAAUCAGGACUUGAGGAGGAGGAGUCCAUGUGUCGAUGUCUCCGAUCGAGCAUCCAUCAAGAUCAUCUCCUCUCCUCAUUGAAAUCCAUCCAUCCUACAAAUAACUAGACAACUUGCACCUGCAUGCAUCUACAUAUAUAUAGCAGCUGGUAAUUAAGUACAAUCUCUGGUUUUGCCUUGCUUAUCUGCCAAAAAUCAUCUGGAGUUGCUUGCUCCGAUUCAUAUGUAUGAUGAGGAAUUAUAAAUGGGCUCCUCUUCCUGCCUGCAGAUUGGUUAAUUAGUGAUUGUAUAUGGUAAAAUACAAAAUCUCCAAAAGUAUGACUCUUAUAUAUACUCCAUGCAUCUCUCGGAUUAUUGCGUGCAUAUAUAUCCUACAUAGUACACAAAGUUCCUU